AUGGACGACAGUGAGACGGGGUCCAGCGCUGCUGCACCGCACCAACACCCGGAGGCGCACGCCCGCGGAAGCGGCCACGCAUACGCACAGGAUGCCGCAGGGGCAGACGCAGCAGAAGCAGCAGAUGAUCAUCCGCCGCGUUACAUCCGGAGCCGCAUCGCAAACGCCUGCGACGGAUGCAAGGCCCGCAAGGUCAAGUGCGACGGAAAGCUGCCCUGCGGAUACUGCGCCGGCAGACAUCGGCCUCACACGUGCCAUUACUCGCCGCAGCGCAAGAGGAGACCGAGGGCGUCGGCGGCAGCGACGGCGGCAAGGACAAAUGGGGAGGCCGGUGCAGUGUCGAGUCCGUUGAGGCGGCGGGCGUCGAGGUCUCCCGACGUGGAAUCCCGACGUCGCAAUGGCCCUGUCGCUUCCGAGACAGGUGUUGCGGCGCAGCUGCCAGCAACUGCAUUGCCAUUGUCUUCCCGGAUGGAGACGCGGAGCUCUCGGAAUGGGGACCGGAACGGCUCUGCCGAGGACGAGGCCGGGUCCGGGCUCAGAGCGAGGACGCCAGCGCGCACGGCAGCUUCACGUCACCGGCGCUCGACCGAGACGUCGCCUGCCGGAGAAGACGACACCGACGUGCCGCGCGAGGCCCGCCUGCUGUGCGACUCGCGCGGCAAGCUCAUCUUCAUCGGCGACUGCGCGCCCCUGUCCUUCUUCCAGUCUGUCCGGCAGCUCGUCACCAGCCGCGUCGGCCAGAAUGCCUUUGCGCCCGAGUCCAGCCGCUACUCGGUCCUCGAGAACAACGCCCCCGCGGGUAUGUACGGCGCCGGCCGGGACAGGCACCCCAUGAUGGGCGACGGCCGGGGAGGCGGGCCUCCCGAGGUGCGUUCCCGGGACGUGCCCCGGGCUGUGGCCAACUACCAUGCCAUGACCACGGGUCUCGUCGACCUGUUUGACGGUGGGCGGCUUCUCGACGACCUGCUCGUUUGGGCCAACCUCGAUGGACGCGGCCGCUACCAGAACCACCACCAGCGCGCCGACGAUCUUGGCUCCGUGGUCAACUACCUGGUCCUCGCCAUCGGGCUGCUCCCCGACGACGAGCCCCUCUCGCGCGCCUACUUCGAGCAUGCGCGGGACUGCGCCUAUGCCACCUUGAGCGCCAACCUCAGCGUCGGCACCGUGCAGGCAUUUGCUCUCGUCACGGUUUACAUGCUGUGCUCGUGUCAGAUCAACGGCGCCUUCCUCUUCUUCGCCAUCUCCGCGCGCGCGGCCUACUCCAUUGGUCUGCAUCGCACCGAGGUCAAUGCAAGGUUUGGACCUGCGGCACACCGCCAGCGUGACAAGCUGUGGCGAAGCCUGCGCGCCGUGGACCUCUUCCUCAGCACGUCCAUGGGUCGGCCGCCUGCUACGUCCGAUGUGGACUGCACGGUGCCUUAUCGCCGUGUCGCAGGUGAGGGCAAAGCGGCCGACGAGGAGACGCUACUGGAUGCGUCGGUGCAGAUAUUGCUCAUCACGGAGUGCAUCGUGUUGGAGGUGUACUCGCGCAAGAAGAUUUCCCUGCAGCUGACGGAAGGCAUCUCGCGGCAGUUACGCGACUGGUCCACCCGAUGGCUCCAGCGGCUCAAAGACAUAGUUGCCGCUGGGCGGCCAGCGCACGACGCCGAAGGCGACGUGGAGGCCCACGGACCAGGGGCGGCAACAGAGGCGCAGGCCGUUGGGGCGUGUCAAGUGCUCGCGUCGUAUUACUACUCGGUGAUGCUGGUGUCGCGCCCGUUUCUCAUGUACGAGCUCUUCCGCCGGCUGUCAGACAGCCCCGCCAAAGGCGCAGCACCGCUUGCGUCGGGGAAGAGCAAGCUGGCAGAUGCGUGCAUCGACGCCGCGAGCCUAAUGGUUGAGCCGAUCCUAGACCUGGUCGAGCGAGGGAUGCUCAACGUGAGAGUGCCCUUGAUUGUCUCGUGGCUCUUUGCGUCGUCGCUCGUCCUCGGCGUGGGUCUUCUCGGCGGUUUCGGGCGCAUUCUCGAGAAGCACGGCCGCGCCGCGAUCGCAGCGCUUGACCACCUGGCCAAGGCGGACGGGCACGCCGUACAAUACUCUCUCGUGGCGCAGUCGCUUCUGGAAACGGCGCGGGAGUAUCUCGAGCAGCGGGAGGCCCAGGAGCGGCUGCGCAGGACGGAGAACUCGAGCCAGCUGUUUGGAUUGAUCCCGCCGUCGUCAUCAGGGGUCGCGCCGUCGCCAGGCGCACGAUCAUCGCCGGGCGCGCUCGCAGGGAGGAGCCCUGGCGUCGCGUCGCCGGGGAUGGGCCUGACUGGCGGCGGUGCCAUCAGAAGCGCUCGAGAGGCGCAGGACCAGAGGCUCUCGGCCGCGGCGUCCUUCCUCCAGCCCCACGGUGCGAUGCCCCCAAGCGGCGUGGGGUCCCCGAGGAUAGCGGGCAUGGACACGCAUGGGAACGGGCACGACGACGGCGCGGCAUCUUCGUUCUUUGGUCUCACGGCGGAAAGCCUGAUGCAGACGCCCGACGGCAACUACUGGAACGAGGCGACAUUUGGGCCUGGCGGCGAGGGGGACGGGGCCUCGGCGCUGAAUCUGUUUCCGCUGAUGGAGGCUGGAGGGGGCAUUGACUUGGCGCAUUAUCUGUGA